AACACUCCCCUCUAUAAAUUGCGCCCAUUCUGUGCAGCGUCGAGGAUCACUAAGACAGAGAAAUCAAGCAGAAAAAGAGUUUUCCUUUCUGUCGUGCUCUGUGUUCGGAAAAAAUGGGAGCUUGUGAGGGAUGCUCUUGGCCUGUGUUCUUAGGGUUUCUCUUCACUUUCGGCCUUCUUCUUUGCAUGGCCCAAGGCGACGUCCACACCUACACGCUCGUGCUGCAAGAGACCCAGUUUGAGAGGUUAUGUGAGAACAAAAGCAUUCUAGUGGCCAAUGGAAGCUUCCCGGGUCCGACGGUUUGGGCGCACCAAGGAGAUACUGUCGUCGUUACUGUGGUGAACAACGGAAAUUACGGCGUCACAAUUCACUGGCACGGCGCGAGGCAGAUGUGCAAUCCAUGGCACGAUGGCCCAGAGUACGUGACGCAGUGCCCCAUCCAACCCAAGCAAAACUUCACUCAGACGGUCGUGCUUGAUAGAGAAGAAGGGACGCUCUGGUGGCAUGCGCAUAGCGACUGGGCUAGAGCAUCCGUGCACGGCGCUCUCAUUAUUUACCCUAAACCUGGAAAUGAGCACCCGUAUAAACACGACGCGGAGCGAACCAUCAUACUCGGCGAAUGGUAUGAAAAGAACCUCACCGAGAUGGUCAUUAAUGCAACGAGGACCGGCGGAGACGUGGACACAUCGGUUGCCUACACCAUCAAUGGCCAACCCGGUGACUUUUAUCACUGCUCCAAAGAAUCUACCUACCGGAUGACGGUUGAUCCUAAUAAGACUUACCUUCUACGGAUCAUCAGCGCUAUUAUGAACGAAGAGAUGUUCUUCGGCAUAGCCGACCACGCCCUUACCCUCGUCGGGAUGGAUGGAGCUUACUUAGAUCAAGUGACCACCAGCUACAUAAUGAUAGCUCCGGGACAAACCAUGGAUGUUUUAGUCAUGACAGACCAAGAACCGGGUCGCUAUUACAUGCUCGGCAGUCCUUUUGCGGACACUCAAGCUCCAUCUGAUACGACUACGCCCUCGGCGAUACUCCAUUACAAUGGAGGCUACGAACCACGAAAAUAUCCUAAUUCUAUCACCCUUCCAGGCUCAACAGAUAGGGAUUCUGCCGAGAGCUUCAUGCGGCUUUUGAAGAGUCUGGCCGAUGACAAGCAUCCUAUUAAGGUCCCGCUGAACAUCACGAAACGCUUGUACCUCACGGUCUCUGUGAACAAUGUCGAAUGCGCUGAGGGCGACACUUGUGAAGGGCCAAAUGGUAACAGGCACUCGGCGAGCUUAAAUAACAUAAGCUGGACGGCUCCAAACAUCGACAUUCUACAGGCGUACUACCGGAAGCUACCGGGGAUCUACUAUACAGAUUUUCCAGAUCAGCCUCCACGUUAUUUCAACUUCACGGGAGACGUAGGUGAUAAUGUGACGUAUCCCGUGGUGGGAAGAACAGUGGUGGAGCCGAUCGAAUACGGUUCAGAGGUCGAAAUAACCUUCCAGGGGACUAAUAUUCCGGCAGCGGAGAACCACCCGAUGCACCUACACGGUUAUAGCUUUUACUUGAUCGGCUUUGGACGCGGGAAUUUCUCUCCGAACACGAGCAUACCAACAUACAAUUUGCCCCGUCCACCCAAAAUCAACACCGUCGCAAUUCCGAAAAAUGGAUGGGCAACCAUAAGAUUCAAAGCCGAUAAUCCUGGAGUCUGGUUCAUGCACUGUCAUCUGGAACGCCAUGCGGGCUGGGGAAUGGCCAUGGCUUUCAUCGUCUCGAAUGGUCCUACGAAGGAAACGAGCAUGCGCGACAUGCCCCCGGGCAUGCCCCCUUGCCCGGGAUCAUAGAUCAAUCGGCCUCUCUCUUUUUUCUAACAUCGAUUUGAUGAUCGGUGCUUAGCGAGACACGUAUGCAGUCGAUUUCACUUGAAUCGGGUGCUUCAUAGUUAGCUGGGAGUCAUGCUGUUAUAGCUGGAAGCAUAUGCAUUUGAACACAUUCAAAUGAGGCCCUUGAAGCGGAUGCAUCUGCGUCUU